CUCGCCCGCCUGCCCACUGGCUCCGCGUGCGUUCGUCGGCCGUGUCUGCGUGCUGGGCAUUCGCCCGGUGCGCUCGCGGUCGGCGUGCGCAUCGCGCUUCAUGGCGCCACGGCGACUGCGCCCUGCGCCUGCCACAUUCUCCCAUCCGUCCGAUUCCUUCGCUGAUGCACCCGCGUCCGGUCGUCGGCCGUGUUUAUGUGCUGGGCUUAUGCCCUGCGCGUUCACGAUCAACGUGUGUUCUGCGUGCCCCGGCCCUUCGCGUCUGUUGCUCACGCGCUCGUCGGUCGCGUACGCAUGCUGGGCACUUACCCUGCGUGCCCAUCGUUCCGUCUCGGGCCUUCGAUGCGCUUCACAGUGCCAUUGUGUUUGCGCUCGUGGUGGUGCUCUUACACGCCCGAGCCCGAGCCAGGCCGUCGUGGAUGAAUAUUGAGGGGGUGGUGCCCACGGUGAGAGUCAGAGAGGGAGAGAGUGGCAGUGGCAGAUUGGCAUGAGGCAACGCCGCGAGCGAUUCGACGGCCCGCACAGGAUCAAGCAUGCUUCCAAACUUAGAGGAUUCGGCUAAGUCGAAGAGCGCAG